AUGGGUUUCAAAGACGCGAUAGUAUCGCUGGUCGGCGACUUUGUCGAAAUACGGCGUAAUCCUGAGUUCCGAAGCCGGACCGAACUGUCGGCCAGUCCGGACGAAGCCGAUGAGAUCCGAGCGAUCAGGAGGAACCAAGAUAGAAGACAUUCGCUGAAUAUUACGGUUGGCACGGUAGGUCUAUUUAAGAAAUUUGCUUUUAUUUAUGAUAGAUGUUAUCUUGUAAUUUUUGUCUUUUUUUUAAUUUAAAAAGUUAAGUUUAAACCUUAACUUCUACCAACAAGAAAUAGAAAACCUUGCGUAGGACUGUCCUAACCUUGGCAAAAAAUUGCUACAGGCCAAGCGGCCUUUAUCAACUUUUUUUACGCUUACUUAUGAAAGCCAACAACACUAAAAAAAUUUUUAAUCAUACCAGCAAAUUACUGUACGUUUUUGAUACAAGCUUUUAAGUAAGUCUAGUUAUCUUAACGGCCACAAAAGCAAUAUUAUUGUUGUAGGUUUGUACUUAAAAAGUGUAAAAACUGUUUCGCAUUCCUUUCCCAUUAACCUUGACACGAACUUUAUUGGUUUUACAAUUUUGUCAUUCACACUUGGAGAUUACUCAAAAUUGCUCCAAGAAUCACGAGUUCACGUUCCUUCUGAUCACCGUGUUACAAAAGCAUUUAUCUACAGCAAUAUUUCAACUAUGUCUGCUGAGUUGUAAUAGUUUAACCGAAUUUCCGAUUUUACAUUUAUUUUUCAAAUUUAAAUUUAAAAAUUAAAUUUCAACAAUUCCAACCUUAACACCCACUAGACUGUAAUUUUUUAUCUUAUUUUUAGUCCGGAGCAUCAAAUGAACAUGUGAUCCGUCAAAGAACGUUCCACGACCGUACCUUCAAUAAGAAUCGCCGCCAUUCUGCCGUUCCCAAAAUGAUGUUCGAGAACAGAAGUCCUAGUCCAGACAGCGAGACUGACCGACCAGAAGCGCCGACUCCAAAAAGAUCCACGGAACGACGCUCUUCUGAACCACACAACCUCAGAAUCCCACCACAACUGGCCGUGAAAGACAGACCGCUACUCUCAGACAGCGAUUCAGACACCGAAGAUACUGUCUUCAGAAGGUCGUUGAAUCUGCGACGUCGUCAGAAAGAGCUGCGACAGUCUGUAGCACUCAGCGAACAUACGAUACAUGAAGAUUGCGAAGCCGAAGAAGAGGACGAACCUGUAGAUCGCAAGUUCAGCGGACGGACAAUCAUCAGCAUCAACCACUAA